AUGCGCGCUUCAUUCGCUCCGAAAACCAUCGCCACGCCUCCCAAAGUCGCGCGCACGCUCGGGCUUGAGCGCGCGCGCGUCGAGAGCGCGGUUUCGGACAAGAAAGGACACGUCAUCACCUCCAUCGCCCUCGCGACCGCGUUCGCGUUGAGCGGUGCGCCCGCGCACGCCGAGCUCAACCGCGCCGAGGCGAACCGCGGGGGUGAGUUCAACCGCGGAAGCGCGAAGCAGUUCGGUGGGUACGACCUGGUCAAGGUUGACAUUGCGAAGGAGUACGGGAAGGACUUGCGCCUGAGCAACUUCACGGGAGCGGACAUGCGAUUCGCCAAGCUUCGCGGGGCGAACCUCAGAGGGGCUUACAUGAUGAAAAUGGUCGCGCCAGAGGUGGAUUUCACGGGAGCGGACAUGAGCGACGCGCUGAUGGAUCGAUCAGUGCUCGUCGGCGCGAACUUCACGGACGCGGUGCUGAACCGCGUCGUGUUGACGAGCAGCGACAUGAAGGACGCGAUUAUUGAGAAUGCGGACUUCACGGACGCUUUGUUGGAUCCGAAGACGCAGCAAGCGUUGUGUAAGACGGCGAGUGGGAAGAAUCCAGAGACUGGGGUGGCGACUCGCGUGUCGCUCGGGUGCAGCGGAGGUCGCGCACGGGUCUCAUCUCCGAGUAGGUACAUGACAGACGACGAGGCCGAGAAGCCGAAAGCCGAAUUCGAUUCGAGUCGAUUCUCCAUGUAUUCUUCCCAGUGA